UUAACUGCUUUGCUCGAUAUGCGUCACACAUACAGUGUACAACACUGGCUUACGCUUGUCAUUGUUGGUUACAAACAGUAAGAUUUGUUUGACAAAAUGCUUUAUGUAUAUUCUGAUCAGUUUCUUGCUUUCACAAUUAGACAAAAAUGACAGACGCUGAUGAAAACAACGAGAUAUCCUUCUCAGUGAAAUUCUUGGGCCGGACUGAGACGCGACGUCCAGAUGGAAUGGAGACUCUCAACAAGGCUGCAGAGAUCUUGCUGAAACCGGACAAAAAUGACAAAGAAAAAAACAAGAAGAACAAAGCUUACCUUUUCUUGUCGCUGAGUGCCAUCGACAUCCUAGAGCACAAAACUAAGUUUUUGAUUCACUCCUGCACCCUGGAGUCAGUGUCCUUCUGUGCAGUACACAAGACCAACCCCAAACUCUUUGGAUUCAUAGCCAAGCAUCCAGCCUCCAACACAUACCAUUGCUAUAUGUUCCAGUGCAAGAACUUUUCACAUCUUGUAGUCUCGCUCAUUGGGGACACGUUCAAAGCCUCUCAGAAACUUGAGGACAAGGUCAAGGGCAGUCGGGAUCUGGUGGUGGAAGCUCUGAGACUGAGGAUCAAAGCUCUUCAGAAAGAGAACGAUAUGCUCAAGAAACGACUACGAGAAAAGCGGGCAGAGGAGGCCAGACAGGAGGAAGCGGAGCACAGUGAUGAUGAGUCCUCUUCCACCUCCCAGACAGACCUGUCCAAAGUGAGGUUCCACUCAGAGGGGGACAAAAUUCCUUUGAUUAGGAACAAAUAAGAGCCAAGAUGCCCUUAUCACCUCAACACUUCUUCAAGAAAAAAUAUGGAUUAACAUACUCAAUCAUGACAACUCAUUAAGUUGUAUGCGUAUAUUUGAGGCUAGGGUAUUUUUUUUGUCAAAUCCUCAUAAUAUCUGAAACAUAUUUAAAUUCAUAAAUACAUAUACUAUUAAUAUAUAUUUUAAAUGCAUUAAUCAUUAAAAAUCUGUAGCCUGAAGUCUAGCCUGAGCUUAAUUGUGUCUGUCAAAAUACAGUAGGCCUAUAUGCUGUUUUGUUUUUAAACGUAGUAGGGCCUAUGCUAGCUUAAAAUGUUAUGUGAACUCUCAAUAUCAAGCCUACGCCAAAUGUACUAUUCCUGUAAGUAAGUAAGUA